GUUCACUGAAUGUAUAUUCAUGUAUAUCGGUGAAAUCCACGACAAGGGCCUCUAGCGCCGAUCAUUUGUAAUUGCGGGUCCCCGCGUCUCCUCCAGAGCUGCAGUUGGUGGCACUUUCGCAGGAGGGCGUCUGGACGAGGCAGACGUGCUGAGACUCCGGUCUGCACUUUUCACAGACCGAGAAAAUCAUUACAUGAUACUGAUUCUGUACGGAUUGCACUACAACCAAAGCAGACCGACACGACUGUUUUUUUCUUCCUUAUAGCGUUGUUCGAUAGGCCUGUCAUUCAUGGUAGUGAUCAUCCGCUCCCCGGUGUAGAAACAGCGGUGAGUGCGGUCGUUUGUCCCCGAUGGCUGGGUGGAAGGACGGCGCGGUGCAGGAGAAGUAUCGGCUGGUGGUGGUGGGAGGCGGCGGUGUCGGGAAGUCAGCGUUAACUAUCCAAUUCAUCCAGUCAUACUUUGUGACCGACUACGACCCCACGAUCGAGGACUCGUACACCAAGCAGUGUGUGAUCGACCAGAGAGCUGCCCGACUGGACAUUCUGGACACGGCGGGGCAGGAGGAGUUCGGGGCGAUGAGGGAGCAGUACAUGAGGACAGGGGAGGGCUUCCUGCUGGUGUUCUCCGUCACGGACAGAGGGAGUUUUGAGGAAAUCUACAAGUUCCAGAGACAGAUCCUUCGGGUGAAGGACCGAGACGAUUUUCCCAUGAUCCUCGUGGGGAACAAGGCGGAUCUGGAGCUGCAGAGACAGGUCUCUCAGGUGUGUGCUGCUCUCUCAGGUCUCUCAGGUGUGUGCUGCUCUCUCAGGUGUGUGCUGUUCUCUCAGGUCUCUCAGGUGACGCAGGAGGAGGCCCAGAAUCUUGCCCGGCAGUUGAAGGUCACCUACAUGGAAGCUUCCGCCAAGAUCCGCAUGAACGUGGAGCAGGCCUUUCAGGAGCUGGUGAGAAUCAUACGAACUUUCCAGGAGCAGGAGUGCCCCCCCUCCCCGGGGCCGCCGCGCGGGGAUCAGGAUGCGAGCGGCUGCCACUGCGUCAUCGUCUGAGGCCCCGCCCACCUGCGCCAUCAUCUGAGAGGCCCCGCCCACCUGCGCCAUCAUCUGAGGCCCCGCCCACCUGCGCCAUCGUCUGAGGCCCCGCCCACCUGCACCAUCGUCUGAGGCCCCGCCCACCUGCGCCAUCAUCUGAGAGGCCCGCCCACCAGCGCCAUCGUCUGAGGCCCCGCCCACCAGCGCCAUCAUCUGAGGCCCCGCCCACCUGCGUCAUCGUCUGAGGCCCCGCCCACCUGCACCAUCAUCUGAGGCCCCGCCCACCUGCAACAUUGUCUGAGGCCCCGCCCACCAGCGCCAUCGUCUGAGAGGCCCCGCCCACCUGCACCAUCAUCUGAGGCCCCGCCCACCUGCAACAUUGUCUGAGGCCCUGCCCACCUGCAGCAUCGUCUGAGAGGCCCCACCCACCUGUCUUCUGACAUCAUCAGGGUGGACCAGCACUGCCAACAGCCUUAUCUGGGAGCCCUGCCCACCGCAGAGUCCCUAUCAGUCUGACUGACAUCUGAACCUCCAGCACACACACCUGAACCUCCAACACACACACCUGAACCUCCAGCACACACACCUGCACCUGAACCUCCAACACACACACCUGAACCUCCAGCACACACACCUGAACCUCCAACACACACACCUGAACCUCCAGCACACACACCUGAACCUCCAGCACACACACCUGCACCUGAACCUCCAACACACACACCUGAACCUCCAGCACACACACCUGAACCUCCAGCACACACACCUGCACACACACCUGCACCUGAACCUCCAGCACACACACCUGAACCUCCAGCACACACACACACCCCUGAACCUCCAACACACACACCUGAACCUCCAAUACACACACCUGAACCUCCAACACACACACCUGAACCUCCAACACACACACAUGAACCUCCAGCACACACACCUGAACCUCCAGCACACACACCUGAACCUCCAACGCACACACCUGAACCUCCAACGCACACACCUGAACCUCCAACACACACCCCUGAACCUCCAGCACACACACCUGAACCUCCAGCACACAGACCUGAACCUCCAACGCACACACACCUGAACCUUCAGCACACACACACACACCCCUGAACCUCCAACACACACACCUGAACCUCCAACACACACACCUGAACCUCCAGCACACACACACCUGAACCUCCAACACACAUACCUGAACCUCCUACACACACACCUGAACCUCCAACACACAUACCUGAACCUCCUACACACACACCUGAACCUCCAGCACAUUCACACACCUGAACCUCCAACACACACACCUGAACCUCCAACACACACCUGGGGGAAAGUUUGAGCAUAAGAAAUGUGCUAACGGAAGCCCCUCUCAAAAUGAAACCAGACAGUUUCAGUUUUUGUACCUCAGAGAACCUUUCUUGUCUCACAGAGACAUUUGUACUUUUGACAAGAUUGUAACAACAAUUGCGCCUUACAAAAAAAAAAGGGGGGGGGUGGGG